AUGCCGGGACUACUCACCCAGGACACUCCCUUCGAGACUAUCUCCAUCAAGGAGCUUCACUCAACCUUCGCCGCUGAGGUGAUUGGCGCUGAUUUCCACAAUAUGUCCGACAAACAGCUGAAAGAGAUAAAAUCCGCCAUGGCCAAAUACGGGGUUUUGGUCUUCCGCCAGACCGAGAUGAGUGACGACGAGCACGUUGCCUUCUCCGCCAAACUCGGCGAGCUCGACAAUGUGAAAAGGUACCUCACGGGAGGUCGUAAGCUCCGAUAUAAGCACUUUGAGCUUUUCGACGCAGGCAAUGUAGACGAGGACGGCAAUGUAAUCCAUCCGGAUGCUCCACGAUCGCACUACAACAAAGGAAACGCACUGUUUCAUGUCGACUCUUCAUUCAACCCUCGCCGAGCUAGUUGGUCGUUGCUGCGAGCUGUCAAGCUUCCCCCUCCUAAUACCGGCGGCGAGACUGCGUUUGCCGACAGCCGAGCCGCCUUUGAUGACCUGGAUGAGGAUACUAAGAAUCAGCUCCUCGAGAAAGACUACAUCGGAGCACAUACGCUCCUACACUCACGAAAGCUGGGCUCUCCGGAAUUCUUCGCCGACCUCGACCCAACGUCCCAGCCAAUGACUCGUCACAGACUCGUGCAAACCCACGAGCCCUCCGGUCGCAAGAAUCUAUACAUUGCAGCGCAUUGUCACCAUCUCGAGACAGACGAAGGACCUCUUCCAGAGAACGAAUCUAAUGCGUUGUUGAAGAAGUUGAUGGAUCACGUUACGUCUCCGAAGCACGUUUUACACGUGGAUUGGAUUAAUACGGGCGAUAUGAUUGCGUGGGACAAUACAUGCGUCCUGCAUCGUGCGACGGGAGGUGGCUUUGAGGGCAAGCAUAUUCGAGAUGUUCGUCGGACGACGGUUCACGAUGACAGUCCGACCGCGUGGGGGCUGAAUGCUGGACAGGAAGCUAGGGGUUUCAACUUGCAAAAGGCAAUGGGUCAAGGCCAGCUUGAGGACACACCCGUGGUGAAAGCAACAGCAUGA